CUGACGCACUCUAGCAAAUACCACGCGACAAGAGCGAAGAAGAUGGCGACUGUUACGCUACUAUGCGAGUAAUCCAAGUGCUGUGAAGAAGCUCGAGCGAUGAUGCCGUGGCAGGUCCUUGUUUCUCUGCUCCCUGGCCUGGCUCCGGUGACGUGAGUUCUCAGAGAGGCGAGAGGCGCAUCAGCCGCCUCUCUCUGUCUCCGCCUCACCCCACCCACCCCCCCGUCACCUCAUAUCGUCUUUGUCACCCCCACCUCCCCACACACACACACAUUGGUGGCGAUGGACCGGUGCCGCCACGUGUUCCGCUUGCGCUUAGCGCGCGACCACUCCAUCCUGAACCCGCAGAAGUGGCACUGCGCCGUGUGCAACACCACCGAGUCGGUGUGGGCGUGCCUGAGCUGCUCGCACGUGGCCUGCGGCCGCUACAUCGAGGAGCACGCGCUGCGGCACUACGAGGAGCAGCGCCACCCGCUGGCGCUGGAGGUCAAUGAGCUCUACGUCUUCUGCUACGCCUGCGACGACUACGUGCUCAACGACAACGCCACGGGCGACCUCAAGCUGCUCCGCAGCACGCUCAGCGCCAUCAAGACGCAGAAGUAUGACGAGGUCACCGCCGCCACGCGCAGUGGACGCACACUCAGGUCGUCGGCUCUCAGCGCUCUGGUCGGGGACGGUCUCGGCGGAAACCUGCGCGACCAGGAGCUGCAGCUGCGUGACGAGGACCGCAUGUUCACCGCCCUGUGGCACCGGCGACGGGCCCUGAUUGGCCGUGCCUUCCGCGUGUGGCUGUCACAGACGUCGGGCGGCCAGCGGCUCCUGGAAGAGGAGAGAAAGCAGGAGGAGGAGGAGGAGCGCAAGAAGGAGGCGCGUGAGAAGAGGCGCUCCCUCAAGCGUCGGCAGAAGGAGCAGCUGGAGAAAGCCCCGCCCAGGAAGAGUAGUCGCCUCCGAAGGCGGAACCAGAGGACUGUUGCCCCGGCAACGGUGGAGGUGCCGCCGGCAGCACCGCCGAUGAAAGCGGGGAAGGUUGGGAGGAAGAGGAGAAAGAGCCUCAGCCCGGUCCGAGCCACUACGCCCAAACGACGCGUCGGGCGCCCACGCCGCUCCGAGACGGCGACGGCGGCGGCAGUGGAGAAAGCGCCGCGGCGAGCGCGAAGCCUCAAGACGCCCACGCCUGCGCCCGCCCCGUCCCCCAGAGCCAAACCCAAAACGCCGGCCAAACGAGGCCCCAGCCGCAAGCGGACCCCCGCCGCCCCCCCUCCCCCUCCUCCCGCCAAGAAAAGCGGCGGCGACUCGCCCAUCAAGCGGCGCCCCACGGUGACCCCAGGCGUCACCGGCCUGCGUAACCUGGGCAACACGUGCUACAUGAACUCCAUCCUACAGGUGCUCAGUCACCUGCACCUGUUCCGCGAGUGCUUCCUGCGCCUCGACCUCAGCCAGGCGCUCGAGGCGCUCCUCGCCUCCGCCGUCAACGGCAAGCUGGCGGCCGCCAAGGGCCUGGCCCACGCGCCACCGGUCUCCCCGUCGAGCCUCCUCUGUCUCGGCCCUGGCCCCUCCGCGUCCCAGCCCAAGAGCCUGCACCAGCAGCAGGGCCCGGGCCGGUGGAGCGUCCUGAUUGGCCGCGGCCUCAGCGGCGGCGCCGCCCCCUCGCGCUCGCGGAGCAUGGAGCUGAUCCAGCCCAAGGAGCCGAGCUCCACGCACCUGUCGCUGUGCCACGAGCUGCACACGCUCUUCCAGGUCAUGUGGUCGGGCAAGUGGGCGCUGGUCUCGCCCUUCGCCAUGCUCCACUCCGUCUGGCAGCUCAUCCCGGCCUUCCGCGGCUACGCCCAGCAGGACGCGCAGGAGUUCCUCUGCGAGCUGCUGGACAAGGUCCAGCGCGAGCUGGAGACCAGCGGCGGAGGGGGGGAGGUGGCGUACACACACCCGGCCCACACCUCCGUAGCAGCGGCUGCAGGAGGAGGGUCAGUGACCCAAAGGAAACUCAUUAAGCAGGUGCUAAGUGUGGUCAACACCAUCUUCCAUGGACAGCUACUCAGCCAGGUGACGUGCCUGGCGUGCGACCAUCGCUCCAACACGGUGGAGCCCUUCUGGGACUUGUCGCUGGAGUUCCCCCAGCGUUACCACAGCAACAGCAAGGAGCCACAGGGCCAGUGCCUUCUGACGGAGAUGCUGGCCAAGUUUACCGAGACGGAAGCCUUGGAGGGCAGCAUCUACGCUUGCGAGCAGUGCAACAAUAAGCGUCGACGAGCCUCUAAAUCAGUGCUUCUGACUGAAGCUCAGAAGCAGCUCAUGAUCCACAAACUGCCUCAUGUACUACGACUACACCUCAAACGUUUCAGGUGGUCAGGGCGAAACCACAGAGAGAAGAUAGGUGUGCAUGUCACCUUUGACCAGACCUUGAACAUGGAGCCGUACUGCUGCCGAGACUCCGCCCCUUCUGGCACUCACUUCCUGUAUGAGCUUUCUGCUGUGGUGAUGCAUCAUGGGAAGGGCUUUGGCUCUGGACAUUACACUGCCUACUGCUAUAACACAGAGGGAGGUUUUUGGGUGCACUGUAACGACUCUAAGAUGAGCAUAUGUUCAGUGGAGGAGGUGUGCAAGGCUCAGGCCUACAUCCUCUUUUACACACAGCACCUUUCUCAGGACAAAGUCAAGAGUGCCGCCUAACCUCUCUCACUCACACACACACCCUCGAGCCUCCCUCUGCUCUGAAAAUAUGGACUUCAAGCAGUUGUGUGUGUGUGUGUGCGUGGUGCGUUUUUAUUUGUGUAUUUUUGUACAUGAUGUGUAUAGGUUGUAUUUUAGUUCUUUGUGGUCAUUGCUGUUUUUAUAUUGUGUGUAAUUCUUCUGACAGGCCUUACCAUAUCUUGGCACUCACACUUAGGGCAGCUGACGACAAAGUGUGUGUGUGUGUGUGUGUGUGAGAGGGUCUUAAACAUAUGUCUUUGUAUGGGUUUGCGUGCAUGUGUGUGUGGGAGAGGGAGAUAAGAGAAUGUUUUUAAUUUACGUAUGCUUGUGUAUGCAGCUGUAUACAAGUGCAAUAGAUAGAUAGAGAGAGAGUGUGUGUGUGUGUGUUUUUGUUUGUUUGUUUGUUUUAAGUAUAAAACUGACACCAGCUCAUCAUUCAGGUCUGGCAACCUCUUCGAAGAGAAUUAUUUUAUUACGCCCCAUCAGUAAUGUCUGUGUUACCCUCAGCAGUCAAAGUGCAGUUUGAAUGUGUUCCAUUCUUCAGUGGACCAGUUCUCCUCCAAAACCCCAGUCUGGAUUUUUACAGAUUGGGGUGUCCUAUUCUGGGUGUGUCCCUCCACACACCCCUGGCUAACAGGAAAUGAAAUAACAGGAUGCACUAAAACUCGGCGUUCCGUCGAACAAAUGCGUGUAUUGGUUUUCCUGUUUUUAUAUCCGUCAGAGAGAAGUGCCCUUUGUGACAUCACAAUUGGAACAUUUUUUUUUGUUUAUCAAUGAAGAUAAUUUUUAAAAACUCAAAAUUUGGGGAAAUUCUGUAAAAAAAAGAAAAAGAUUUCUAUUUUUAUAACAUACUUGGAAGUUUCUGGGUGACCUUGGGCUUUUUUGAUAAAAAAAAAUAUAUAUUUUUAUGUGUAGUUAUUUCUUUCCGUAAUUCAGUCAACACCAGCAGCAUAUUGUGUGACCAGUAUUACUUGAGAAUCUGAGUGUGUGUUUGUGUGUUUGUUUGUACUUUGAAGUGUAAAUAAUCUGAAGAACAUGCUGUGUAAUGUACCAUACUUGCAUCACAAACACACACACAGUCACACUUUUCCAGACCACAUAUAUACACAGUACAGAAAGCAAUACUAUGCAAACUGUUACCUCAAUUUCUAGAAAAAAAAAUACCUCAAUAAAAGGAGAAUAUUUUUUCAUUUUUCUAAA